AUGGCCGCCCCGCCUGCUCUCUCCUUCCUCUUCCUUUGCCUCACUUUCACACUGGCUCCGGGUGACGGGGCUAUUGUCGGGCAUGAGGAGGGAGUGAAGGCGAUGUACGAGGAGUGGCUGGUGAAGAACCAAAAAGUGUACAAUGUGUUAGGAGAGAAGGACAGGAGGUUCGAGGCAUUUAAGGAUAACUGGAGAUUCAUACAAGAGCAUAAUGCUGCGGAGAACACAACGUACAGACUUGGGCUGAAUAGGUUUGCCGAUUUAAGGAAUGAGGAAUACCGUGCCAUGUAUCUGGGGGCCAGGAUUGAUCCAAAGCGAAGUGUCAUGAAAGCCAAGAACACAGCUUCUCAUGGCUAUGCUCAUAACGCCCAUCAUGAUCUGUUGCCGCAUCACGUUGAUUGGCGGUUAAAAGGGGCCGUCACUGCCGUCAGAGAUCAAGGGACUUGCGGAAGUUGUUGGGCAUUCUCAACAGUGGCUGCUGUGGAAGCCAUAAAUAAGAUCGUCACCGGCGAGCUGGUGUCGUUGUCGGAGCAACAACUGGUAGACUGUGACAGAAAAUACAACAACGGAUGCGAUGGUGGUCUUAUGGACUACGCCUUCGACUACAUCAUUGGAAAUGGUGGCAUCGACACAGAGGACGAUUAUCCUUACGCCGGUGUUGACGGUCAAUGCGAUCCAACCAGGAAGAAUGCCAAGGCUGUGACGAUUGACGGGUACGAGGAUGUUCCCCCUUACAGUGAGAAGGCGUUAAAGAAAGCUGUGGCUCAUCAGCCCGUGAGCGUGGCUGUUGAAGCUGGUGAGGCCUUCCAACUGUAUCAAUCUGGUGUGUUUACUGGUGAAUGCGGGACAAAUCUAGAUCAUGGAGUGGUUGUUGUCGGAUACGGUACUGAAAAUGGAGUGGAUUAUUGGUUGGUGAGGAAUUCGUGGGGCGCCGCCUGGGGUGAGGAUGGUUACAUCAAGAUUCAGCGUAAUGUAAGAAGUACCAACGCUGGCAAGUGUGGCAUCGCAAUAGAGCCCUCAUAUCCUGUUAAGUAUCCCAAAAUGUCCCCAGAUCAUCUUUCUACUUAUGCCACUGUUGGGGAAAAGAUAAGCAGCGCUUGAAUCUUGAAACGCCUUGCCCGUAAUUACGUUGUGGGGGAUCGAAACGAGUGGUGAAGUUACAAGGAAGUGAUGUUCCAGUUACCUGGUGGCUGGUGCUGUGUUGGGUUAUUUUGCUUUUCCAUGUCUACCAAAAACCAAUCUGGCUAAGCUUAUUUGGCUCCCCAUUGUUGUAUAUAGGUUUCCGAUUGUCAAAACGGCUCUUGGGGACAAAUUCAAGGUGAUGUCACUUAAUGUUAUUUCCUUCCUGUUAGUUGAAGCGGAAUCACCAGCUAGUUCCAUUUUCUAUUUGCAUCAUUUCAUAUCCAUGUCGUUUGCCCAUCUGCCAUAUUUACAUCCAUAAUAUCC